AUGGCGCCGCCAGCUCGUUCUCCGUUGGGUGAUGUUUCGCAUCCGAUGUUUCUUCAUCCGUCUGAUGGUCCAAAUUUGAUUCUGGUUUCGCAGCUCUUCACUGAAGACAAUUAUGCUUCGUGGUCGCGAGCUAUGACUAUUUCAUUAACGGUGAAGAACAAAAUUGGUUUCAUCGAUGGCACGAUUUCUGAGCCUGCUGCUGAUGAGUUGGUUAUGCGAAAUGCUUGGAUUCGGAAUAAUAAUAUUGUCAUGUCUUGGAUUAUCAAUUCGGUUUCCAAGGAUAUUCAAGGUAGCAUUAUGUAUUCAAAUUCCUCAAAAGAAAUUUGGGAUGAUCUGAAAACUAGGUUUUCACAGACAAAUGGUCCUCGCAUUUUUCAAUUGCGUCGUGAUUUGGCGAAUCUUACCCAAGGCAGUCAAUCAGUGAAUGUAUAUUUCACUAAAGUCAAGGCGAUUUGGGAUGAAUUGGUGAAUUAUAGGCCAUGUUGCUCUUGUGGAAAAUGUGAUUGUGGUGGUUUUGAAAAAUUACAGGCUCAUUAUAAUCAAGAGUAUGUCAUGAGUUUCCUUAUGGGGUUGAAUGAAAGUCUAGCUUCUACUCGUGGUCAAAUCUUGCUCAUGGAUCCGCUUCCUCCCAUAUCUAAGGUGUUUGCAUUCGUUUCUCAAGAAGAACGUCAGAGAUCAGUUGUAUCUUCACAUGUUGAGUCUUCUGGUUCUGUUUUUUCUGUCAAGAAUGAGGGGUUUAAGCGGUCCAUUAAUAAUCAGUUCUACAAUACUGGUUUCAAGAAGAAAGAACGAAGUUUCUGCACACAUUGCAAUAUGCAGGGUCACACUGUGGAGAAGUGUUACAAACUUCAUGGAUAUCCUCCAUCUUAUAAGCCACAAAAAUCUCGUUUUUCUUCUCCUGCUAAUCAGGUUUCUGGUUUUGAUUCUUCUUUGGAUUCUCAUUCUUCAGAUUCAGGUGUGAGCUCUCAACAUGUGGAUGGUUAUCUUCAGUCCAUGACUCCCUCUCAAUGUCAGCAGUUUAUGUCUAUGUUUUCAUCACACAUGGCUGCUCAACAGCAACAAUCUGCUGCUUCUGCUCAGCCACAAUCUUCUGCUCAUGGAGCUGAUACUGCUACGGUUUCUUGUGUGACAGGUACUUGUGCUUUAUCUGGUGCUCCUUCUUUAUCCUCUACUGAUUGGAUUUUAGAUUCAGGUGCUUCUAAACAUAUUUGUCAUGAUAAACAGUUGUUUAUUAAUCUCAGGUCUGUUAGAUAUUCCAGGGUUCUUUUGCCUGAUUCUUCUGUUUUAAUUGUUUCCUUUGUGGGUGAUGUUCGUUUGUCUAAGGAGAUUUUUCUUACUGGGGUUUUUUAUGUUCCUCAGUUCAAAUUUAUUCUCAUUUCUGUGAGUGCUAGUCUUCAUCCCAAUCAGUAUCUUAUUGGUUUCUCUACAUUCUAUUAUAUCAUACAGCACAAGUUCUUCAAGAUGAUUGGCAGGGGUCAAAAAGUUGAAGAGCUUUAUGUAUGGGAUGCACCUCCUUUUCUUACACCUCUGUCCAUAUAUUCCU